AUGCGAAAAGUGCAGAAGGAGUACGGUGGGAAACCGUCAGCAAGCGGCCUCAGUCACGGUCCACCAGUUCGCCAGUGGUGGUCUCGGACAACAAAUUCUGUGCCUUCAGGUCGGACUUCCGGAAGGACUUCGGAGAUUGGCCAGGAGACUGGCCACGAAGAAGGUGGAGAUGGAACAGAUGAUCCCGAGACAACAGAAGAUGCAGAUGGAGAAGAAGAAGCUGGGCAAGACGAGGUGUGGAACAGCUGGCGCCGAAAUUCCUGGUCUGGGUGGUCGGGCUGGUCAGGUGGAUACUGGUCGGCAUGGUCUGACUGGCCAGAUUCCUGGAAAAGUCAAGACUACGAGCCGCCGGACUCAUGGGAUAAGAGAGCUGAGCCAUUCCUGCCAGAGUUUCUUGCAGGUUUUCUUCUUCUCAAUCGUGCAGGCCUGGAUGCCCAUGAGAGGGCAAACAUCCUGGCCGCGAUCCGGGGCGAGUUCAGCACCACAACUGUUGGACGAGCACUCCGUGAACAGUGGUCAGAUGAUGACUUGGCACGCAGGGACAAGGCAAAGAUGGGAACGUCUUACUAUGUCUCUGAGGACUAUGAUUUUGAAGCGCUUGCUGCCGAGGAUUCCUUCCAAGACCUUGACGGCUUCGAUGAGGAGACGAAAGAGGCCUACAUGCUCGAGCAGGAACGUGUGGAAGACGCUCUUGCGGUGAUCAACGCUCAGAAGGCCACCCUUCGUGAAGCUCGAUGGCGACAAAAGGAGAUCAAGCUCGGUAGACAGUUCUACCCCAAAGGCGGCAAAGGUGGGUCCAGCUCGAAGGGAGGUUCGGGCAAGGGCACCAUCCAGUGCUUCCGAUGUGGGGGUAACCACCGAGUUGCUGAGUGCCCCCAAAGGGAGAAGAACCAACAAGCCAAUUUUGCUGAGGCCACCGAGUUCGCCUUCUCAGCCGACGAUGUUGAGGAGGUAGCCUUCCAUGCUCCUGAGCAAGGCCACGACAACUACAACCUGGUAGAGCACACCAUGGGAGUGAUCGAUUGUGGGGCAACAUCCUCGCUAGGGUCGAUUGAGGCUCUGGAGGCCGUGGCAGAGAAGAACCUUCGAGAUCUCGGUGACAGCAAAAUCCUAGUGGACACCCAGCGGAAGCCAGUGUUCCGAUUCGGCAACGGCCAACGGAAGACUUGUCUCUCUACGGCUAAGGUGGGAAUGAUGCUGGGACCGCGUCAGGGAAGCCUUGAAGUACAUGUUCAUGACAGCCCAGGUCAGUCGAGAGUGGUGUCCCUUCAGGAGGCACCGAAUGGACACCUGUUGAUGCCCAUGACGGGGGACUUGCUGGCAGGUGCUGAGGUGAGGGGCGUGCCCUUUAACGGCACGAAGCGAGACCAUCCUCCCGACGAAGAAGGUUACGCCGCAGUCGAGAUUGAAAUUGAGAUGCCGACAUCCAAAAGAGGGUGGAAAAAGUUUGCCGAGAAUGCCUCAGCCUACAUCUGCCAGAAACUCAAACGCAAGCAGGUCGAAGUUCAUGAGAAGAGACUCACAACCGAGGAGAAAGCACAGUUCGACAAAGCAAAAAGCAGCGAGGUGCGCAACUUCGUGGCAGCAGAAUGCUUCAAGGCAUGGCAAGGUCGCGAACUACAGGAAUCUGAAAUUCUGGGAAUGCGUUGGCUGUUGACCUGGAAAUUCGAUGACAAGUACACAGACAACAAUGGGAGAAAAGCAAAAGCAAGGGCCAUUGUUCUGGGCUAUCAAGACCCGAACUAUGCUGUUCGGGAAACUUCAGCACCUACACCCACCAAGGCCGGGCGACAAUUAUUCCUUCAACACAGUGCUUGGAAGAAGUUCUGGGUCCAGAAAGGGGACAUUUCAGGCGCUUUUCUUCAAGGAGACAAUCUGGAGGAAGAGAUGUUUUGUCGACCUCUCCCUGAAAUUUGUCAGGCUCUUGGAGUAGAUGAAGGACUCAUGGCACAGCUACGUCAGAAGUUUGCUUGGGGUACUUGGGAAGAAAACGAAUUCACACAACGCGGACUCCGAAUUCGUCAGCUACAAGAUUUCUCAUUUGAACUUGAUCAGCAGAAGAGCAUUGACGAGCUGCAGGAAAUCCACAUUUCACGAGAUAGGUCUAGAAUGCCGGAGGCUCCCACGACAGACCUCGAGAAGCGCGAGCUCCGAGCAUUACUGGGAAGCAUGUCUUGGAUUUGUGGGCAAACAUGUUUCAUGUAUAGCGUGGACGUCAAUUUCCUGAUUACAACAGUGCCUGUAAGUAAAGUCGAGGACAUCAUCAAAGCCAACGGGGUCGCUAGAGCUCUCAAAAAGUGGAGGGAUCUGAAGUUCCGUAUACACAGUUUCAAUCCAGAAGAACCUUUGGAGAUGACGUGCUGGACCGAUGCAGCAUGGGCGAACAGAUCACCAGCCGCAGCAGAGACUAUGGCCUCAGCAGAUGGGGAUGAUGACCUCGUGACUCCGGGACAUUUGGUCACAGACGCAAAGAACCUCUUCGACAAGUUGUAUGCCCCAAUCCUCACAAUGAAGGGUAGCGAGAAACGAGCCAAUAUUGAAGCCCUGGGACUCCGAGAAAGCAUCGAACGAAUGGGUACUACAAUCAGUUGGGUUCAUGGUGACGCAAUGGUUGCUAACUCCCUCACCAAACCAAACGAGAAGCAUCAGAUGCUCUUGUACAUCCAAAUGGGCUUCAGGUGGAAGAUCGUGUACGACGAGAACAUGCAGAGCGCCAAGACAAGGAAGAAACUUGGAUUGGACGCAAUGGAGUGUGACACCGCGGCAGCAACAACUUACAACAACAGCACCCACCAACAAAUCACCACCUUCCACAAUCGCAGUUCUUAA